CCGUGGACCGGCCGGGGACGGAUCGGGGACAGGCAGGGGAUGGACCCGGGAUGGGUGGGGACCUGCCACUGACUGGCUGCGGCGGUGUUGCACCGAGGGGCGGACCCCGAACUCCCCAGCGCCUCAAAAGCAGCGCGCCUGCAGCGGGGUGCGCCGGCUCCUGCAGCUCCUCACCGGUGGCGGUCGUCCUGCGCGCAGCCAUGGCUAAGCCCUUGACCGACCAGGAGAAACGACGGCAGAUCAGCAUCCGCGGCAUCGUGGGCGUAGAGAACGUGGCCGAGCUGAAGAAGGGCUUCAACCGGCACCUGCACUUCACGCUGGUCAAGGACCGCAACGUGGCUACCCCUCGCGACUAUUUCUUCGCGCUGGCGCACACAGUGCGCGACCACCUGGUGGGGCGCUGGAUUCGCACGCAGCAGCAUUACUACGACAAGUGCCCCAAGAGGGUUUAUUACCUCUCUCUAGAAUUUUACAUGGGCCGAACAUUACAGAACACCAUGAUCAACCUUGGCUUACAAAACGCCUGUGAUGAGGCCAUUUACCAGCUUGGACUGGACAUGGAGGAGUUAGAAGAAAUUGAAGAAGAUGCUGGGCUUGGCAAUGGUGGUCUUGGGAGGCUUGCUGCCUGCUUCUUGGACUCCAUGGCAACCCUGGGACUGGCAGCCUAUGGAUAUGGCAUCCGAUAUGAAUAUGGAAUCUUCAAUCAGAAGAUCCGAGAUGGAUGGCAGGUAGAAGAAGCAGAUGACUGGCUCCGACAUGGAAACCCUUGGGAGAAGGCGCGUCCUGAAUUCAUGCUGCCUGUGCACUUCUACGGAAGAGUAGAGCACACCCAGACCGGGACAAAGUGGAUCGACACCCAGGUGGUCCUGGCUCUGCCUUACGAUACCCCGGUGCCUGGGUAUUUGAACAACACGGUGAACACCAUGCGCCUCUGGUCUGCUCGAGCACCAAAUGACUUUAACCUCCAAGACUUUAACGUUGGAGACUAUAUUCAGGCUGUGCUGGACCGAAACUUAGCUGAGAAUAUCUCCCGAGUGCUCUACCCUAAUGAUAACUUUUUUGAAGGAAAGGAGCUAAGACUGAAACAGGAGUACUUCGUGGUGGCUGCGACCUUGCAGGAUGUCAUCCGACGUUUCAAAGCCUCCAAGUUCAGUUCCAAGAAUGGUGUGGAAACCGCGUUCGACGCCUUUCCAGAUCAGGUGGCCAUCCAGCUGAAUGACACCCACCCUGCACUUGCCAUCCCUGAGCUGAUGCGGAUUUUUGUGGAUAUUGAAAAAUUGUCAUGGUCCAAGGCAUGGAACAUUACCAGGAAGACCUUCGCCUAUACCAACCACACAGUGCUCCCAGAGGCCCUGGAGCGCUGGCCAGUGGAGCUGGUGGAGAAGUUGCUGCCUCGACAUUUGGAAAUCAUUUAUGAGAUAAAUCAGAAGCAUUUAGAUAGAAUCGUGGCCCUGUUUCCUAAAGACAUAGAUCGCAUGCGAAGAAUGUCCCUGAUAGAAGAGGAAGGAGGCAAAAGGAUCAACAUGGCCCAUCUCUGCAUCGUGGGUUGCCACGCUGUGAAUGGCGUGGCGAAGAUUCACUCUGACAUCGUGAGGAGCCAAGUGUUCAAGGACUUCAGUGAACUGGAACCAGACAAGUUCCAGAAUAAAACCAAUGGGAUCACUCCGAGGCGCUGGCUCUUACUCUGCAACCCGGGGCUGGCGGACCUCAUAGCAGAGAAAAUUGGGGAAGACUACGUGAAAGACCUGAGCCAGCUGACGAAGCUCCACAGCUUUGUGGGUGACGAUAUCUUCCUUCGGGAAAUAGCCAAAGUAAAGCAGGAGAAUAAGCUGAAGUUCUCCCAGUUCCUGGAGAAGGAGUACAGCGUGAAGAUCAAUCCAUCCUCCAUGUUUGACGUCCAUGUGAAGCGGAUUCACGAGUAUAAGCGGCAGCUCCUGAACUGCCUACACGUGGUCACCAUGUAUAACCGCAUCAAGAAAGAUCCUAAGAAGUUAUUUGUGCCAAGGACAGUUAUAAUUGGUGGCAAAGCUGCCCCAGGAUAUCACAUGGCUAAAAUGAUCAUAAAGCUGAUCACGUCUGUGGCACAUGUGGUGAACAACGACCCCAUGGUGGGCAGCAAGUUGAAAGUUAUCUUCUUGGAGAACUACAGAGUAUCUCUUGCUGAAAAAGUCAUUCCAGCCACAGAUCUGUCGGAGCAGAUUUCCACCGCAGGUACCGAAGCCUCAGGGACAGGCAACAUGAAGUUCAUGCUGAACGGGGCCCUGACCAUUGGAACAAUGGAUGGGGCCAACGUGGAAAUGGCAGAGGAAGCUGGGGAGGAGAACCUGUUCAUCUUUGGCAUGAGGGUGAAUGAUGUGGCUGCUUUGGACAAGAAAGGGUAUGAGGCAAAGGAAUAUUAUGAGGCCCUUCCAGAACUGAAGCUGGUCAUUGACCAAAUUGACAAUGGCUUCUUUUCUCCCAAUGAGCCUGACCUCUUCAAAGACAUCAUCAACAUGCUAUUUUUUCAUGACAGGUUUAAAGUCUUUGCAGACUAUGAAGCUUAUGUCAAAUGUCAAGAAAAAGUUAGUCAGCUAUAUAUGAACCAAAAGGCCUGGAACACAAUGGUACUCAAAAACAUAGCUGCCUCGGGGAAAUUCUCCAGUGAUCGUACAAUAAAGGAAUAUGCCAGGGAUAUCUGGAAUAUGGAGCCUUCGGAUCUGAAGAUUUCCCUGUCUAAUGAGUCCAGCCAUGGGGUCAACGACACCAAUGGAAACUGAACAGUGAAAUGUCUCUCAAAACAUUGGCUUCUUAUUGAACUUGAAUCUUUUUAUAGCAUCAUUGAUUCUAUUUUGUUAUUGAUUAAUUAGUUAAGUGUCUCUGAGAUGGGAAGGGAAGGUAUAUGACUUAUGACUGGGCCAAAAAUAAAAUGUCAAUUUCCAGUUGUCAAUC